AUGUCGGUCGUUUCGCUUCUUGGGGUCAACAUCCUCAACAACCCUGCCAAGUUCACCGACAAAUACGACCUGGAGAUUACUUUCGAAUGCCUCGAGCCUUUAGAGAAGGAUCUCGAGUGGAAGCUCACGUACGUCGGAUCGGCCACGUCUGAUCAGUACGAUCAAGAGCUCGACUCUCUUCUCGUCGGUCCCAUCCCUGUCGGCGUCAACAAGUUCGUGUUCGAAGCAGAUGCUCCCGACACCAAGCGCAUCCCCGAUGCCGAUGUCCUCGGUGUCACUGUCGUCCUCCUGACCUGCUCGUACGACGGGCGCGAGUUCGUGCGUGUUGGCUACUACGUCAACAACGAAUACGAGGUCGAUGAGCUGAACGCAGACCCCCCUGCCAAGCCCAUCAUCGAGAAGAUUCGCCGCAAUGUCCUGGCCGACAAGCCCAGAGUUACUCGAUUUGCCAUCAAGUGGGAUUCUGAGGCUUCAGCGCCCGCCGAGUUCCCCCCUGAGCAGCCCGAGGCUGACGUCGUCGCCGACGAGGAGGAGUAUGGUGCCGAGGAGCUCGCUGAGGAGGAAGGUGAGGACGCUGCCGUAGGCGAAGCAAAUGGCGCACCGUCAGCGGCUGCUGGCGGUGAUGCUGAGAUGGGCGGUGUUGAGGAGACAGCCGAGCCUGCUGAGGAGGAUGACAUGUCCGAGGACGGCAGUGUCGACCUCGAGAACGAAAGCGAGGAC